AUGUUGCUUAUCCUGGCAACGGUGUUAAUUGUCUAUGAAUCAUCAUUAUCCGCAACAACAACACCGGCAGCCGCCAUGGCAGCUGAGGUUACAGCUGCAACGUCAUUAAAACAAACGGAAAUGGAUGUGAACCAUCAGAAGCACCACAUAAAUAAAGCGUCAAUAGACGAGACUGCUGGGUCGAUUAAGCGAUUGGCACGUCACAUUACCCAGCAAGGUCAGCUGGAGCAUCAGCAGCAGCAGCUACAUCCAGAUGCCGAUGCAGGCCAGCAAGCCGAGGAUGGUAACUCCAUAAAAAGAAGUUACUCUUCGUUGGCAACAUCCGCCGUUGGUGGCAGUGCUGGAUUGGCAUCCACUCUAAAUAGUCUUUCAAGUCUGUCGGCUUUGCAACACAUUAGAAGCAGUUCGGGAAUUGGUGGCAGUGUUGGUUAUGGUUAUGAUACAGCAGCAGCAGCUGCCCACAUUAAAACGCAUCAACCAUCAGCAUAUACGGAGGCCAAGCCCAUCUACGAGGACCAGCAGGAACAUGACUAUGCAGCAGAGAAUGGCCCAAGUCAACAACAGCAGCAGCAAUACCAGCAACACGAUUAUGGAUUGGGUGGCAAUGCUGCAUUGCACUCAGCUAUUUAUAAUUUACAGGCAGCCGGUACGCACAAUGCAGGUCUGGGUGCAACGUCAGUCAGCGCAAAUAAUGGCGGAAGUAAUGGUUUCCGGCCAUCAUGGAACUUUGGUAAACUUUCAACAUCAUUUUCAGCGUCAACACCUUACUCCGGUUAUCAUCAGUAUGCGGGGGCCAAAGGCAGCGGCGGUGGUAGUGGUGGUGGUGGCAUUACCCUGGAUAGCUCCAUCAGUAGCAGUAAUAACGACAAAAUCUCUGAAGGCAAUUUUCUGCAUCAUUACGAUUCAGCAUCCGGUUACAAUGAACUCACGCAACAAACUCACCAAACAUACCAACCACACUACCAGACUCCUCCACAUUAUGCCCAGCAAUACCAGCAUCAACAACAACAACUCCGCUAUCACCAGUCCGAUGACUACAAUUACAACAGCGUCGAACAGGCAGCCGAAAGUAGCUCGUCAUAUGGCGAGGACAUACAACAGGCUCACGAUCAUCACAGCAAUUAUUUGCCACCGACUCCACCCAGCGGUGGUGGCGGUAUUGGUGCUGGCGAACACCACGAAGAGAAGCAACCCGAUGUCAUCAACUAUGUUCCGUAUCCGGUUGUGAAGAAAUUGCACGUGCCCGUCCAUGAGCCAGUGCAAAUACCCGUAUCGCAUGCUGUUAUUAUUCCGAUUAAAAAGCCAGUACCCAUUCAUGUGCCCAUCACCCAAAAUGUCCAGGUGCCCGUGGAGAAAGAUUUGAAAAUUCCGGUAGAACGUGUAGUGCCCUAUCCGGUGGAGAAACAUGUCCCAGUGCCAGUUGAGAAACCCGUACCCUAUGAGGUCAUCAAAUAUGUGCCCAUAAAAGUGACCCGCCCUUUUCCCGUUAAAGUGCCAGUUUUCAAGACGGUAUUGCACAAAGUCAAAGGGUGGUGGUAAGACGAGGUUGAUUCCCAGUUUAAGGAGCUCUUUUCAGUAUUAAAUGCAGCGAGUAUGAGUUGAAGUUUUUUGUUCCGAUUGUUGGUAGUUUAAGACAAGUUUGUUUUUGUAAU